AUGCCAGAAACACCUAAUCAGCCGAGAAGAAGGUACCUGGCUGGUGUAUUGGCUCUGUUAGCCGUGGUGUUCAUAUGGGUGGCAUCCUCCUUUGUGAUGAAUAGCAUCUUUGCAGACCUAAAAUACAAUAAGCCGUUUCUUGUAACAUAUGUAAAUACAGCAACAUUCUCGCUAUACCUACUACCGCUGCUGUUGACCUCGAGAAAGAAGAAACCCAAAGAUUUUUCACCAGAAGACGUCCAUCUGGAAACGGAAGCUAGGCUAUUAGGGGAUCAUGAUAUUGAUCAUGACGAGGAGCAAAUGGAUGAAUUGGCAGAAACAACGACAGGCACACAUGCCGAAAAACUGACGACCAUGGAGACAGUAAAGCUCAGUCUUGCAUUCUGUUUUCUAUGGUUCUUUGCCAACUACACCACCAACGCCAGUCUGGCAUACACCAGCGUCGCCAGCAGCACCAUUUUAUCAUCCAUGUCGGGACUCUUUACACUAGGCAUUGGUGCUAUAUUCAAGGUCGAGAAAUUGAGUGUUGUUAAGGUGAUAUCCGUCUGUUUGAGUUUUGCGGGCGUCGUGUUUGUAUCGUACUCGGAUCAACUCACUCGACAUGAUGCCAAUGGAUACACCAUUCCGACACCACUGAUUGGCGACUUGUUAGCACUCUGUGGCGCUGUAUUUUAUGGAUGUUAUACCACCCUACUCAAGCUCAAGAUUGGAGACGAAUCUCGCGUCGACAUGCCAUUGUUUUUUGGGUUUGUAGGGGCCUUCAAUGUGCUGUUUAUGUGGCCAGCUUUUCCAUUGCUGCAUUUUUUGGGUUUGGAGAAAUUUGAACUGCCUUUCAGUCCCUCACUAUGGAUCAUGGUGUUAUUGAAUGCCUUUGUGGGUACAUUUUUAUCAGAUUACCUGUGGCUGUUGGCCAUGUUAAUGACAUCGCCCCUGGUGGUUACAUUGGGAAUAUCUCUGACGAUUCCAUUAGCGUUAGUGGGUGAUGUUGUCUUCAAACAUUUUAUGCCAGGACUCCAAUAUGCCAUUGGUGCAACAUUGGUGGUUGCUGGUUUUUUUGUAGUGAACAUGGCCACAUUACACGAUGUGGAUGAGAAAUCGACAUCUCAAUUAGUAGACGGGCUGGAAGAGGACGAUGAUCUUGACGAGCUUAAUACAGAGAUCAAUCAACGUAGAAUGGCGAGAGCACUUAGUAUCUCGGGUCCAAAUCAAAACACUAGACGAGCAAGCAAUGCAUCAGCGCUCAGUGCUCACCGUUAA